CGCUGAAAUCCUGCACUCAGCUUUUCUGAAUGGCUCUCAACUGAUGAACAUUAAGGAGAAAGCUCAGGAAUACUUGGGUCGAGCCGAAGCCCUUAUAAAGCAAAAGGAUGCUGUCCAACCGGCACAAGAACAGAAAAAUGUCCAUCAGCAAGAGUUGGAACGUGCCCAGUUCCUGCUACAUCAAGCCUUCGAUGAAGACAGUGAUGGCAACAAGGAAGAAGCUGUAGAACUCUACUCACAAGCAGUGGAGCUGUGCUUAAAAGCUAGAAAACAGACCCAGGAUGCAGCACUACAGAAAAACCUGACGAAGCUUGCAGAACAGGCCUUAGAAAGAGCAGAGGCUUUGAAAGGUGUAAAAGAGAAGAAAGGCGAGCCAUCACUGUUGACUUCAACUAAGCCUGUUUCUCCUUUACCUUCUCGAUCCCGUGUUGUUCCUCCUCUUGGGAUAGGUAGUCUCAGUUUAAACACGUCAUCAUCGUCAUCCGAAGGAAGCCAAUCAUCUCGUCAAACUGGACCACAAGUUUGUGGCCGAGAUACGUACACUAAAGAAGAAUUGGAGGUGCUGAGACUAACAUCAAUUAUCAACGGAAGGGAAUACGUGCCCUUUAUGUUGGUGGAUCUGCGUGAACGAUAUGCUUAUCCACUGCCUUUCUCCGACAAGGAUGGAAAAUUGACAUUAUCUCAUAAACAGAAAAAUAACUUCAAUAAAUGGGUUAGACCAGAAGACAUCAGUGCCAACCCAAAACUUAUUGAAAUGAUUGACUGUUUCAGCAUAAAACAGACUAUUGUGUCUGAUUGUUCUUUCGUGGCCUCACUGGCUAUUAGUGCCUUGUAUGAAAAGCGGUUUAAAAGACGAAUAAUAACAAGCAUCAUAUACCCACAGAACAGACAAGGAGAACCAGUUUAUAAUCCGUGCGGGAAGUAUAUUGUUAAACUCCACAUCAAUGGUGUAAGAAGAAAAGUGAUCAUUGAUGAUAAACUUCCACUGGGAAGGAAUGGAGAACUACUGUGUUCGUACUCAAAUAAUCGCAAUGAAUUUUGGGUUUCUCUACUAGAAAAGUCCUACCUGAAAGUAAUGGGAGGAUACGAUUUUCCGGGAUCCAAUUCUAACAUUGAUUUACAUGCUCUCACCGGAUGGAUCCCCGAACGAAUCCCCAUUAGACCAAAUGAUUCGGAAUUUAACAAAGAAAAUGUUUUUAAGAUGCUGUUUGAUCGCCACCACAAAGGUGAUGUGCUUGUUACCAUGGCAACAGGAGAGAUGAGCGAUGUUGAGGCUGAAAGAACUGGCUUGGUUCCUACCCAUGCUUAUGCCAUGUUGGAUGUGCGAGAGAUUAUGAGUAAACAGCUGUUCCUUUUAAAGAAUCCUUGGAGUCAUGUCCGCUGGAAGGGUAACUUUUCUGAACUUGAUACCAGAAACUGGACACCAAAACUACAAGAAGCUCUUAAGUAUGACCCAAGAAAUGCAAAGAUGUUUGACAAUGGCGUGUUCUGGAUAGAUUACGAGUCAAUCUGUCGAUUUUAUGACAUCAUUUAUCUGAACUGGAAUCCAAAUCUCUUCAAGUACACAUUUGCACUUCAUCAGUGAGUUUUUUUUAUUUAUGUUAUAUAUCGUUCGACUGAACUCUUAAUUUAUCUUCGUUUUACAGUACGCUACAUGUACACAUGAGUAUGAUACACGUACUUAUCAGUACGAUCACGAGUACUUGUCAAUAUGAUAUAGAAAUUAAAUUUUUUCCUUUGUGAGACACUAACCAUAGGUCACCAAAUGUUAUACAGAUUGUUUUAUUAGUUAUUUGAUUCAGGUAAUCAUCUGUUUCAUGAUUUUAUUUGAAUCAGAUAUGUUGUCUGUUUCCUACAUGUGAGUGUGCUUGAAUCAGAUACGUCCACUGUUUCUUACAUGUGAGUGUGC